AUGAGCCGACGACAGCAAAUCCCGGGUUGGGGCCAGGGCGGUCCAGGCGCUGCGGGGCUCCCUGACCACAGCGAGACCGGGCCGCCUGGCUGGGAUGACCCCGCUGCCCCCCCCUAUGGCCCCGCCAACGAGGAAUUUGCCUAUGCUCCCGACCCCAACAACGUCAACAGCUACUAUCAGCCCCCCGCAACCUUUGUUCACGAUGCAUACCAUCAACAUGACCACUGGCAGGGCACCUACAACACCACCUACGCGGAGCAGUGGCCGCCGCACUUCGACCAAAAUGAAUUGGGCACCGCCACGGGCCACCAGUACUCGGCUCCCCAUGAUGACGUCAAUCAUGGCGUCGAGAGCGACAAUUACUCAGUCGGAUAUGACCCUAGAAUUCCUGAAGCCGAACUGGAUGGCCUCGAGAACGACAUCAAUCACAUCUCGCUGUCGCCGCCGCACGACAUGGGCCCGACUGCCGGCUACGAGUAUGAUUAUGACGCCGCUGGGCCGUCGGGCGAGGGCAGCAGCGGAUAUGAGCAGCCCGACCAGGCCGCUCAGCAAGCUGACCGGUCGCACCGACACCACCGAGCACCAGGUUCAUCGACGAGCGGUUUGACAUGCGAACUCUGCGGCGACACCUUCCCCACCAACAAGAACCGCCAGCGGCACGACCUGAGCAAGAAACACACGGACAACCUCGCGGCCGCCAGCCAGACCUCGGACGUGGUCAGAUAUUACCGGUGUGCCUGCACCUACACCCAGGCCCGCAAGGACCUCUACAGCCGCCACCUGAAGAAGUGCAAGUAUCCCUCCCCGGCCCCGUUCGGGUACCAGGUCAUGUACCGCUGCAGCUGCCUCCAGGAGGACGACAACAAGGACGCCCACAUCAGCCACAUCGACUUGUGCGGCCGCAAGAGGUGGGGAAAGAGAGGAUUCGGCGGGGCAGCUCGACCGACCUGAGCUGCUAGCAUGCUGGGUAGAGUGGAUCCUAUUGCGUGGCGGGGAUGAGAGGAUGCUGUGAUAUAUUGAUACCCUUUUACAUAUGUUUUCAACAACUUCACGAGGCGCUGGAUGCUCUCUGGGUUAUCAAAAAAAAAAAGGAACGGCGGACCAAAACUAUCACGCCCUGGCAUUUCAAAAAAGGGAUUCACGAGAUGAAUGAAUGGACGAGUAACGAAUAAGGACCCCAGACCACUAGAUAGAUGUGACCGUCAUAGAGGCGGAGGGUCAGGGCUUGCGAGGCAUUUUGCAUUUUUGGACAUCGGCAUAGGCCCGAUAUGUUUUGUUGUUACUAGUGUUACGUAUGCAAUCAUUCAGUUCCGAUCGCUGAAAAAU